AUGGGUAACAGUAACAGUAGUGCAAUUGCAAUUAAUCUUGAUCGAAACAAUUUAUUUUAUUUUUCUGGUGAAUCUGUAUCGGGAACAGUCAAUUUAAACAUCAUAGAAGGGAAACUAGAAGCAGACGAAAUUUAUAUAAUAUUAACAGGUGAAAUUGGUUAUACAACAACUCGAACUGUUUCAACUGGUAGAGGUCGAACAUCAACACGAACUGAAUAUCAUCAUGUUCCAUUUUAUUCUGCUAAAGUUACUUUUGUUCGGCCUGAACCUGGACAAAAAGAAUUCAUUUAUGGUCAAGGACAAUAUUCAUGGUCAUUUCAAAUUCCAUUAACUGAGCAUCUUCCACCAACAAUAAAUCAACCUCAAUCUUAUCCUCAUGUUCGAUAUUAUUUACAAGUUGUUAUUGAUAAACCAUGGUAUAAACCAAAUACAAGAGAAACAAGAUAUUUAACAAUAUUUCCACGUGUUAAUCUAUUACACAAUCCUCAAUGUCUAUUAUCAACUAUAUUUGGAAAUCAAAAUAGAAAAGACAUAAAAUUAAAAGGUAUUUUAAAUAAAUUAGGAUAUGUGCCUGGAGAAUCAAUUUAUAUGACAUUAGAAAUUGAAAAUCCACGAAAAGUUUUAAUUCAACGUAUUAAUCUUUCAAUGUUACAAUCAUAUAAAAUUGGACGAAAUUCACGUGGACAUACUAUAUUUCAAACAACAUUACCAAAUAUUCUUAAUUUAAAAGAUCAACAAAUAAGAGAAACAUUUUCUAUAAUAAUUCCUUCUGUAUCAAUACCACCUUCAUAUCAAUUUCAAGGAGGAAUUCAAAGAGUUGCUCUAGUUAAUAUUUUUUAUAUGCUUAGAUUUGCAGUUAAAGUUGAAGGAAUUUUUACUAAUUUUGAUGUUAAUGUACCAAUUACAUUGGGAACAGAACCAUAUCCUGAUCUAAAUCAACAACAAACAUUUAAUCCUGUGAUCGUUUCUUAUGCUUCAAAUCCUGAACAAUCCAUGUUUAGUGAUGAUGAUUUACCGCCGAACUAUGACUCUACUGUGCAAAAUAAUAAAUAA